AUGGCGUCGGCACCCAGUAUUUUCCAGCUCGUUGGCACCUGCAACAAUUAUGGCUGGGGGAAGAAGGGUCGCAAUUCUCUUGCAGCGCGCAUGUGCGAGAAGGCAACACCCGCUGGUUUCGAAAUCAAAGAUGACGAACCCUAUUCGGAGAUGUGGUUUGGUGACUAUCCAGACUUCCCCGGCCGAGUUGCAGAAACAGGCGAGCCAUUGGCCGACUAUCUUGGCAAGCAUAAAAAGGAACUCCUUGGAGCCAAAAUAUUGAAAGAACUCAAUGCACAGCUGCCGUUCCUACCAAAGAUCCUGUCCAUAGCGAAGGCGCUCCCUCUGCAAAUUCACCCGAACAAGCAGCUGUCGGAGAGACUGCAUCAGGAGCAGCCGGAUAAGUUCACCGACCCCAAUCACAAGCCAGAGAUCGCGGUAGCUCUCUCGAGCUUCGAGGUCUUUGCUGGCUGGAAGCCCGUUUCCCAGAUCUCACCACUAUUCGAGACUCCGGCUUUGGCUCAGUUUGUCCCCCCGGGCACCAAGGAAUGGACUAAUGACACACUGAGACACGUGGUUCGUAAACUCUUGAAGGCCGACAAGGAGACGGUCAGGGCAGUUGAGCAUGAGAUUGCAAACCUUUCCAAGGAAGACCUGCGAAAGACCAUCGGUGGGGACUACAUGGUGGACUUGAUACCCCGGCUACAAACGGACUACGGGAGCACCGAUCCCGGCACUCUCGUCGCGCUCCUGUGCAUGAAUUACCUAGUGCUCGAGCCGGGAGAAGCCCUGUACAUCCCGGCGGAUGGAAUUCACGCCUACCUAUCAGGUGAUAUUGUUGAGUGCAUGGCUCGCUCAAACAACGUGCUCAACGUGGGAUUCUGUCCGCCCGCAGACCGCGACAACGCUGAUCUGUUCACGGAGACACUUACUUUCGCCCCGGAUACUAGAGGUGAUGUUACACUUCCGAAACAGAAGAGCGGCGCUGGCCUCAAGGGGCGGACCUCGGUUUACCGACCCCCGAUACGCGAAUUCGAUAUGCUCAGAAUCGAUCUAGGUCCGGACGAGGAUGAGGAAAUCCAGGCACUAGAGGGUCCAGGCAUCGCGAUAGUGACGCAUGGGACAGGGACCUUGCAUGGGGAUAAUGAAGAGAGGGCGGUUAAGGAAGCUGAUAUCCUUUACGUUGCACCCCAGGUCCAAACAAAAUGGAGAACCAGCUCGGAAUUGCAAGUGCAUAUGGCGGUUUUCGGGCUACCGUAG